AUGGCGCCUCGUGGAUGCGGUCGAGGUCGUGGGAGAGGUCGUACUAGUGCUCAGGGACCGGGGAUCAACCCAAAUGACCCAGCCACUGUGGCGGCUCUUGGGCAACAGAUGAACAAUAAUGACAAUGGCGAUAAUGAAGCUCAGGGCCCGAUGACACUAGCAACUUUAUUAAAGGUUAAUCCACCUAAGUUCAAGGGAACCACCGACCUGACUAAAGCCGAUACCUGGUUUCAGGCUAUGGAGCAAGCACUGCAAGCACAGUUGGUACCUGAAGAGCAGUGUGUUGAGUUUGCUACCUACCUGCUCACUGGGGAAGCAUCGCAUUGGACGGCCAAGGAACUGGAGUUACUGCAGCUGAAGGAGAGUGUUAUAUCCGUAUCUGAGUAUACAGACAAAUUUAUGGAGCUAUUCAAGUUUUCUCGCAUGUGUCAGGGAGCUCUGGGAGACUUUGAGGAAUGGAAGUGCGUUAAGUAUGAAGGAAGGCUCCGGAGCGAUAUCUUUAGCUCAGUGGGACCAAUGGAGAUAUGA